AUGUCCCUAAGAAAAGUUCUAUCAUUAGCAAGGACUACUUUCCGAAGUACUGCAGCUGUACAAUCAUCUUUUUAUUCAAGAAAUGUUUGUUUACUCUCUGCAAAUUCAGCACGAUUUUUUUCUGACAAGAAUCUAGGGCAACAAAAUAAAAGCGAAUCGGAGCCUGAAAAGGUCGACAUUAUUGGUCGCCUAUUUCCAAAGUCGCCUCUAAAUUCAGCAGAUGCACAGGAAAUAAAAAAGGAACAGGAGAGAUUUGAAAAAGAAAACAAAGAGAAAUCUGAAGAAAAUGAAAAAAGUUGGAGAAGAAUGAAAAUGGGGUUUGCAAUAUUUGGUGGAGCCGUUACAGUGAUGGGAGGUUGCCUAGUGGUAGAAAUGGGUGCUCCAAGGCGAGAUGACGAAGGAAAUAUAAUCGAGGAUGAAUUUAGUAAUCUGCCUGUUGUACUGCAAUACUUAAAACGCACAUGGAAAGAGCUCACUUUCUAUGAGAAGAUGAUUAAAGAACCUUCACGCGAGAAAUUGCUACCCGAUCCUCUACCACCGCCGUAUCAACCAACUUACACGCUCGUUUUAGAGUUCACAGAUGUCCUCAUGCAUCCAGACUGGUCCUAUCAGACUGGUUGGAGAUUUAAGAAACGUCCCGGCGUAGACCAAUUCCUGCAGGCGGUCUCCAGCGCCAAUUACGAGGUGAUCAUCUUCACUUCGGAAAAUGUAUUCAUGAUCUGGCCUGUACUGGAUAAGUUGGACCCGGAGAACAAGUACAUCUCGUACAGGCUCUUCAGAGAUUCCACACAUUUCAUUGACGGGGUGCAUGUGAAGAACUUAGAAGGCCUGAACCGGGAUUUAUCUAAGGUAAUUGUGGUGGACUGGAACAAGCAAGCUAUCAAAUUCCAUCCCCAGAACUCGCUAAUUCUUAAGAAAUGGAAGGGAAAUGACGACGACACUGCUUUGUUGGACUUGGCCAAUCUAUUACAGACAAUCGCCAUGUCAAACGUGAUAGACGUCCGGGAGGUUUUGACAUACUACAGCCAGUUCGACGACCCCAUCGCAGCAUUCAGGGAGAACCAGAGGAAGCUGAUGGAACAGAUGGAGGAGAAAGAGAGAGAGACGAAGAACGCCGAGCAACCAUUGACGAGGAAUUGGCUCAAGAGCUUCACCAGACGC